UAAUGUCAACAUAAGAAUCCUCUACGGAAAAACACAAAAUUGUCGAAAUCAGUUUUAAAAUAGCAUAACAUUCCCAGCUCCAAUGCAGGAACUUCCAUGCUUUGUGUGCGGUUUCGUAACAAACAUUUACUGCAAAGAUGUUAAAUCAUUGCGAUCGAAACACAGCGAAACGAAUAUUCUCUCGUAUUUGGAGAAAUUCGUGGGCCAUGAUUUAUCCGACGACAUAAGCCGUUCAAACUAUCAGACAGUCGUUUGUCAAAAUUGUAUGAUAAAAAUUGAUGAGUACGAUGAACUCUACAUGAAUGCUGCGAGAUUAGAAGAUGAUCUGAGAACGAUUUUGCUGAAAACAUUGGAGAAACAGGCAGACAUUGAUGAAGAUGAUGGCUGGACGUCAACGGACAUACCCGACUUGGAAGAAACAGUAGCUACGCAGCGUAAACAAUCUAAAUCUCCAUCGAUGUCUUGCAACAUAUGCAGGAGGAAUUUCGAAAGCUUUACAGAUCUGAGAAAUCACAAACACACCGCAAGGAAACUAUCGAAAAAAGAUAAUUCAAUCACGAAAAACCCACCAGUACCCGGUACAUUCAUUAACUACAACACGACAACAAUGAUACAACAACAGCAACCGCAAUUUGAACAGAUAUCUAAAGGAACUCCGACAUUAAAGUGUUCGUUGUGCAACUCUACGUUCAUAAACAAAGUUGCGAUAAAAGAACAUUACAAGCGCAUCCAUUCUGACGAAACGAGAUGCGAUAUCUGUGGCGGCUUGUACGCCGAUAAGGAAAGACUCAAAGACCAUCGUGAUCGUCACAAAAACAAAAAUCCGCUGGAAUGUGUGGAAUGUCAAAAGGUAUUCAAGGCUCGAAAUCCUCUAACACGGCAUAUGGCCACGCACACCCUUGAAAGAUUUUAUGUUUGCGAAUUUUGUGGGAAGCAAUUCACUCAUCUGUCUUCCUUCAAAAUGCACAUGAUGGCCCACGAUGAUGUGAGAGAGAAGAAAUGCGACGAAUGUGGACAUCUGUUUCGAUCGACAUCGCAUCUGAAUCGGCAUAAACGUGUGCACACCAAUGAAAAGCCUUACCAAUGCCUAAUCUGUCACCGAUCAUUCGCCCAGCGUUACAAUAUGAUGUCACACUUUAAGUCACAUUCCAAGGAGAGUCAGUCACAGAAAGCGCAUAGUUGUGCAGUGUGUGAAAAGGCGUUUGCGACUGUGCAUCAAUUGAAAGAGCACUGUGAAACGGCACAUUAUACAGUCGAUAGUUAGGGAAGUUAAAAGUGUUAUUCAAAGAUUGAAGUUGAUAAAUAUCAUCGAUUGAAUUAAAACUUCUAUGGAAAUGUUAA